CUCCCGUCGACAACUUCUUUCUUCCUUCUUCUUCUUUUUCUUCUUCUUCUUCUUCCUUUCAUCAACAACAUUCAGCACUCACCUCGCUGUGGUUUCAGUUGUUUGUCACAGAGCAUCCAGAUCACGCUCAUUUGCGCUUUGCACUGCAAACUCUUCCUGGUGACAGCAUUGGUAAUAGCAGGGAAACGACUCCGGUGUAGUUGGACCACAGAGCUUGACUAGGUGCUUAGUUCGUGCUGAGCACUUCUCUCUUGCCGUCAUCUAGUGUGUUGUGUUGAUAGUCCACGCUUCUGCCAUUUGAGGUUGUUCCCAAGGGCUUUCGAUCCAUAUUCUAGAUCACCACUCGGCCGCGUCUGGAGUCCCUGCUACUUACACGCAAACAUCACGGAUACCUUUUCGUACUGCUGUAGAUGAGUUCUGAAUAAACCCGACACCGCAUAUCUUGAACAUCUGCCCCGUCCAUCACACCCACCAACCAACCAACCAUCAACAACCACUUUUUCCAACACUUUCCAACAAAUUUCGCCUAAAGCUUCACCAUGGCGUAUAACGAGGAUGCUGUGCUCUCUAAGCUCUCUGCACUCACUGAGACUCACGAGAGCAUUGCAACCACCGCUCAGUGGAUCAUGUUCCAUCGGUAAGCUCCCGCUGCCCACGACCGACGACCGCAUUCACCUGCUGUUUGAUGUCUCGACCGCCGAACUGACUGUUGAUGUAUCUUAGGCGACAUGCUGCCCAGACUGUCCAUCUCUGGUUGACCAAGCUGAAGGACCUCCCCAGUCCCAAGAGGCUCAACAUGAUUUAUCUUGCAAACGAGGUGACGCAGCAAUCCAAAGCUCGCAACAAGGAUGACUUCCUUCAGGCUUUCUCUCCAUUCAUCGCAGAUGCAACCGCGUUGUCUUAUAAGGGCGCCUCGUCAGACAUCCAGAACAAGCUCCGAAGGGUUGUUGAUGUUUGGAGAGAACGCAAGAUAUUCCCCAUAGAAGUCCAGGACGCCAUAGACUCUCGACUAAGAGAGCUUGACUCAGCCCGCUCCGGUGGAACAAUGUUCGGUUCCACAUCGUUGUCGUCGCCAGCUGCAGCGGUGCCUCCAGAGUUGGCACCCUUGGUUACCUCACAGCAGGCAGUUUCCAAGAGUGCCCAGGCGUUGAAGACAAGCCUUACUACCGCCAAUUCGGACUACAGCAAGCUGAUGGAUCCGGCCCACGCUCCUCCUCAGGCGCCAGUGUAUGCCGCGCGACUCAACGGGCUUCUUAAAAACCUUGCCAAUGCUGAGGGAGCCGUGACGGAAUGCAUCAAGACCCGCGAAGAGCUGAUCAGCGCAUUGGAGAAGAUGUUGAGCUCCAACCGACAGGCCUUGGAGGCCGAGCAAUCACAGCUCAGGGAUCUAGGCACCCGCAAGACGGCAGUUGAGGAGAAGAAGCAAGCAAUUGAGCUCAGCAUCAUUGGAGGUUUGCCUCACAAUACCCAAGAGCCGGCUACCGGUGAGGAGCGCGCUCCAUCUAGCUCGGAUGGCCACGGCAUCGCCCGUCCUCAGGUUGAAGCACUCACGCCGCCCCACGUCCAAGAUCACGACGAUUUCUACGAUCAUCGCCCGUCUGAGCAACAACAGCCGCAGAACGGUCAUACUCACCCAACUGGAUCUGCUCCUGGCAUUGAGAUGCUGUCCGCCCUCGCUUCUCAAUAUGAGUCUGUUCCAACUCGAGAGGCCAAAAAGCGCAAGAUCGACGAGACUGCCGACAUUCCUGACGUAGGCAUAGAUGCCGAUGUCGCCGAGAUGAUCCAGAAGGAAAGCACGAUUUAGAACAAGGACGGGGAGAAGAUUUUUGGAAGCAAAACUUGACCGAACUGAAGUUUUUCUACCUUUGUAUCAGUUUGAGUGCAUAUGGCCCAACACUCUGGAGUUGUUGCCGUUAUUGCUGGUCUAGGGGAACGAUAAUGGCUGUAUGGCGAGAAUCAUCAUUCAUGUGGCAUUUUGGCGCGGGCCUGAAACCUUCUCUGGAGCGAGUAUGUGGAGAUACAGAAGGACAGGACUAAGGAUUAUUGGCAUGCUUCAUUCUUGACGGGCAAAGCGCCAUUCGGUUCGCUGUAGAAAUAUCGUGAAUAAAAUCAUCGGCAUUUACACAAGC